CGUUUCUUCCUUUGUUUUAAAUUUUGGAUAAUGAAUCCUAUUAUUGACAAUGCAAGAUCUUAUUCGAAGUAAUUAUAAUUCCUUCUAAAUUCUAUGUGAUUGGAAAUAAACUCCAUACGACGGAAUACAUCCGAUUUUUAAUGUCAUUUUGUUCGAUUUCUAAUUUUUCAAUAAUACAUUGCUUUGUACAGGUCUGUGGCUCAAGAUUCUGUUUACGAUAUGCUGAAAAGUGAUGUUCCAAAUUGUCAUCUAAUGGAUAGAUUUACCAACUAUCAAAAAAAAUGGUGCGAAAAAAGAAAACCCCUCAUGAAAUAUGUAAGCGAGGGAGCGAGAAACGGAAUUUCUGAAUGUCAAUAUCAAUUCCGUAACAAUCGCUGGAAGUGUCCGUCAGUGAAGGACAAAGCAAUUUUUGGAACAUUUGCAGAUUUGGGUUCAAGAGAAAUGGCAUUCGCCCAAGCAAUAACUGCUGCUGGCGUUGUGCAUUCUAUUUCAAGGGCAUGUGAGGACUUUCUUCUUCCUUACAACAAAUUUUGUCCGCAUUCGGAAAUUGCAAAUUACACUGGAAAUUUGACUACAUACGCUUCAUAUAGCGGAUUUGUGAGCAAUUUGGUAAAAUAUUUUCUCGACGGAAAAAGAAAGAUGCGAGAACUUGACCCAAAGCAAUUGAUGUUUGCUCAUAACAAUAAAGUAGGAAGACUGACAGUGGUGAAGACAUCAAAACGAAUGUGCAGGUAUUAUGGAAAAGGCAAUGGCUUAAAAUCUUGUUGGAUGCAAAAUAGAGAUUUCCGCGUGGUUGCUGAUGAAUUACGACAUGCCUACGAAGAAGCGAUUCAAAUUCGAGUUUCCGGUCGUGAAAUUUUUCACGGGGAGGUAGAAAUAUCACUCAACAAUUCCCAACUUGUGUAUCUCUCAGCAUCUCCUGAUUAUUGUAUUGAAAAUCUAGAAGCUGGUGUUGUCGGGACACGUUCUAGAGAAUGUAACGUAACCGGAACUGGACCCAGAAGUUGUGAGCAUCUAUGUUGCGGUCGCGGUUACAGAACAAAGUUGAUCAAAGUGAGACAAAGCAGGUGUGAUUGUGUGUCAAUCAAUGGCUUGGAGUGCAAGUGUGAUAGAUUGGUUCCUAAAUACAUUUGCAAAUAAUCAAAUUAAACCAUUCUCCUAUUUUGCUAAUAUCACUAAAAGCUCUGCUUAUGUAUAUGAAAAGAGACAAACAUUGAUUUAUGUCAACAAAGUAUUUUUGUUGAUCCCAAUUCUGAUAUAUAAUUGUAUUCAUACGGGAAUUUUUGCACCGGUUAAGCUUGGAACAAAAAAUGAAUAAACAACGAAAUAAAUCGUAUGCCGUGGCAUAAAUUCCCUUCGUCGUGACUUCGAAACUUUGCGAAAGUAACAUUGAGUUGUAAUUUUGAUUUUGUUGCAAAUGUACAAUUGUGAGAAGAAAUUGUCGGGCAAGUCGAAUUUUUGAAUAAAAUAUUCUAUAAGCGAGAAGUCUUUUUGGUGAUUUGUCAGUAGGUUAUUAGCCAUAGUAAAUAUUCCAACACGCAAACGAUUUAUCAAAUAUUCCAAUUAUCCAUACGUCCGUGACCCUU